UCAUUUACAGUUCAUUAACCUUUACUAUGUAUGAUUAUGAUAUGUUGUAUAUUAUUCUAUGUUUUUAUUCUCAUUACAUCUGUAGAGAAUAUAUCUAAUUUUAUUUGUGGUUUUCUCUUCCAGGGAGUUUUCCCUAAAGAGAUCUGUAGAUCAAGUGUCAGACAUUACUCAUGUGUGGGAGUUUCAAGUGAUUCAUGUAUACAGCAUGGAAAGCAGAUGAUGCAGAACACUUCAACUCCUUCCCCAGAAGUCAACACCUCACUGCCCGUGCUGAUGGGUGCAAAGGCUGUGCUCUGCUGCCCUGCUCGCCCAUUGACAAAUGUGUUGGUAAUCACAUGGAAAAUAACCCUGAGACACAGGCCCACCUGCACAAUGGCCUACAAGAAAGAAACAAAUGAGACUACAACAACCAACUGUGCUGAUGAGAGAAUAACCUGGACCUCCAGACCUGACCAGGAUCCUACACUUCAGAUUGACCCAGUGGCCCUCAGUCAUGAUGGGAACUACAGCUGUCAAAUGGCUACUGUUGUUGGGUAUUUUGAGCAUAGAUAUCACCUCCAAGUGUUAGUUCCACCCAAAGUGAUCCUGUAUGUCCACAAGAACAGAACCGCCGAGUGCAAGGCUGUUGCAGGGAAGCCGGCUGCAAAGGUGUUUUGGUUCCCACCAGGGGACUGUCUCACUGGGCAAGACUCCUGGGCCAAUGGCACAGUGACGGUCUGGAGCACAUGCAGCUGGCCGGACGGCAACGUGACUAUUGUGAAGUGCUCUGUCUCCUACUUGAGCAGUGAAAAAAGUCUGUCCAAAAAACUGCUUCCUGCUGCUGAAGGAACAUCAAGAGACUAUUUUCUGCCUGUCAUCUGCCCUAUUGUUUCUUUGAUCACCGUGGGUUUCAUUUGGUUUUUGAUCUAUAUCUUCAGAAAAUGCAAAUCGAAAAACCUGGAAGCUAUUCCUGAUGACGAGAAUGAACUGCAGCCUUAUGCCAGCUACACAGAGAAGAACAAUCCGCUCUAUGAUACUGUAAAGACGAAGAUGCCUUAGGUGUUAAGAAGUGAAGUUGAUGGUGUGGGUCUCUAUAUUUCGUAAGUUACUGGAAUCAACAUCAGGGAAAAUGAGUCAAGAUGCAUUCCAAUUACUCCUUUGAUUUUCUUACAGUUCUAGAAUGGAAGUGCUAUCCUGAAAUUAGAUUUCAGAACAGUCCUUAGAAGAAUAAGAUAUUCUAAAGGAUUUCCAUUUAUAUCCUAACAAAAUGGAAAUUUUAGAAGCUUGGCUGCUACCAACUAACUGGCUGUUCAAAGACUGACAUUAUUAUUACAAAGAAAACGUGUGUAUGAUAAGAUAUUCAAAUUGUGCAAUAGAGUAAAUAAUGAAAACCAAGUUUCUUGAAGAAAUAACUCUGUGGGAUAUAGCUUUUUUUGGUAUUCUUUUAGGACAUUUCUAUGUACAGAUGAUUUGUCUGUCAUUUAUGGUAUGUAUGUGUGUUUUUGUGUGUGUCUAUUUGCAUACACACAUAUUUCUCUGCCAAGAGAGGCAUGACAAUAUACUGUGAUGUCAAUCUAUGCUGUAAUACACUGAUAAUAUGUCUUAGAUAUCUUUUCAUGUUAGUACAAGCAGAACUACCUCAUGCUUUUUAUGGCUAUAUAAAAUUCCAAGUAUGGUGAUGUCCUAAUGUAAUUGAACCCAUCCCUAGAAAUGGACAUUUAGAUUGUUUUGAAUUUCGGGGUAUAAACCAUUCUGCUUACAGUGUUUCUUGUGGAUGUGUCUUUUUGCGUGUUUUGGAGAUCUGUGGCACAAAGCUUAAGUGGAAUUACCCGGUCAAAGAGUGUGUAUUUUUAUUAUCAAUAGAUAUAUCAAAUUGUAUCAAUUUAUAUUCUCUCCAACAGUGGCUGAAUGUGCCUCUCCCAGCACUUUGCAACAUUUCUGCACCCCCAGUUCCCACUUUCUGUUCUUAAUUAACCAGUUGGUAAAUAUGUUGUAAGAAUAAAAAUUACACUAUUUAAUAAAA